CCGACAGGUGAGCCGGAACCGAAGGUUGUCUUUUUCCAAUGUUUGUUGAGGUCACGCGACGGACUAACGGCUGGAACUGAGCGCGCGCUCGGCAUGGAGCGCGCGCCUAGGGGGUCCAGGGCAGGGCCGCGCAACCACUGUCAGCGCUUCAACUACAUCUGUCUCAAAAUCAUCCUCAUCAUUUAUUCCACUUUCUUCUGGUUGAUUGGAACUUUCAUCCUCUGUAUUGGCAUAUACGCAGAAAUUGAAAGACAGAAAUACAAGACGCUGCAAGGUGCCUUUUUAGCUCCAGCUGUCAUCCUGAUUUUGCUGGGCAUUCUGAUGUUUGUGGUGUCUUUUAUUGGUGUUUUAGCAUCUUUGCGGGACAACUUGUGCCUUCUUAAAGUGUUUCUCUAUACACUUGCAAUUUUACUGAUACUGGAAUUGCUGGGUGGAAUUGUGGCGUUGAUCUUUCGGCAUCAGACGUUAGACUUUAUAAAUAAAAACAUCCGUAAAGGCAUUAUACGUUAUUAUGAUGAUUUGGAUUUCAAGAACAUAAUGGAUUUUGUUCAAGAAGAGUUUAAAUGCUGUGGUGCAGAGGAUUUCACUGACUGGUCACUGAAUAUGUACCAUAGUUGUGAAGGACGUGCAGCUGGGCCUCUUGCUUGUGGUGUGCCAUACUCUUGUUGUAGACGCAAUAAAACAGAUGUUGCCAAUACAAUGUGUGGUUAUAAAACACUGAAUGAGCAACGCUUCACUGUCCUUCAAAUCAUCUAUGUCGGUGGGUGUACAGACGCGGUGCUGAAUUGGUUCUUGGGACACUAUGCAGCCAUGGCUGCCAUCCUGUUUGGUAUAAUAGCACCACAGUUUUUUGGCGUUUUAAUAACUUGGCUGUAUAUCAGCCGGCUGGAAGAUAUCAUCUAUGAAUAUGAUACCAUGGAUAUUGGCCUGAUGAGUGGACCGUCUUACGGAAACUAUGAAAGUGCAAGCACAUCAGGAGCAGGAUGCUGUUGGUGUUUACCUACUCUCGAUGCUGUUGUGUGAAAUUUGUUGUAUGGAGUAAUUAUAUCAGGUUACCGGUGUCUCAGGAAGCAGUACAAGUUGUAAUACAAUCCAGGAAUUCUGAUAGUGUUAAAAGAUUGAGAGUUUAUAUUGCAGCAGUUUAAGAAGACAAUCUAAGUCCACAUAAAAAAAUAUUUUGACAUCGAAAGUAAACAGAGCACAGUUUUGGGUGGAGAUCAGAGUUAAGAAUCUAUGUCCAAAUUGAAAUCCAGCUUUUAAGCUUUCAGAUUCUGGAAGACCUGGGUUGUAUUACCAAUAUUUUCUGUACUCUCCCUUCAUUUCGUAUUACAUACUUAUAGCACUCUAAAAUUCCCAUUCUUUCCAUUUAAUGUACAAGAAGCACUAUAUCUCUCUACACUUUUUAAAGGUGCUGUCAUUUUGAUUUCAGGGCAAAUAUGUUUUGUUUUGUGAUAAUGCAACCUUGUAUUUUGCUACCUCUUUGUCCUGUUACUGCUCCUUUGCAAUAACAUAACUAUUCUCAAGGUGCAACAGGUACUCCAUCCAUGUAUUUCGCCAUCAUAACCCUGAACAACAUAAGUAGCGCCUCGACAUACGAAUGACCCCGUUCACGAGCAAAUCGGUUUACGAACAAGAUUGUACAUAAAAUUUUGUUUCAACGUACGUACGAAAUUCAAGGUACAAACGCAAAAAGCCUGUGUGCAACCACGUGGUUUCAUUGUUCUACUUUGCUACGUGCUUGUUGAAUGCAAAAGCUCUCUGGUCCCGCGUGAUCUCAUUCAGUUCGUCUUUGGCGCGUUCGUUGCUAUGUCCAAGCAUUCUUACGCUAUCCAAACAAUGGGAAAAAUUGAUUCAGUUCGCAAACGUUUUGGUUCAUAAUGCACAAAAAGUAAUUGGAAUGAAUUACUUUUUGUGCAUUAUGAUCAUGGAUGCAUUGCAGAUGUAACCACUCCUUCAGUUAGACUCGCCUCGUCCAAAUGUUUUGCACAAACAUGGACUUGUGUACUUCAUCCUACACCAAUCUGCGUUCUAUCAGGUGACUGUUCAGGAUUUUAGGCUGAUAGGCAAUUUGCUGCUUUUUAAUAUUUUUUGUAAAUUUGAUUGUAAUGUGUAUCUAAUUGUUAAAAUGAUAGACAGAGAGCAAUUUUACCAACAUUGCAAGGAAUUUUACCUCUUGGGAAGUACACAUCAGGAAAUCCCAGGUAUGCCAUUUUUUUUCCCUUCUCAUACAUUACAACUGGUGGGGGAAACUCCUUGUAUGUUUAUCAGAGGCAAACGCAGAGAAUUCUGGAGAAACUCAGUACCUCUGGCAGUAUCUGAGGAGAGAGAAACAGUUAAAGUUUCAAGUCUGGUAUGACUCUUCUUCAGAAACAGACUCAAAACAUUAAUUCUGUUUCUCUCUCCUCAGACACUGCCAGAUUUGCCGAGUUUCUUCACCAUUUACUGUGUUGUUUGAUUUCCAGCACCUGCGGUAUUUUUCCUUUAUUCAAAAGUUUGUCAAAAGUUUCAUGUGAUUUCAAGUUUUCAUGUUUUUUACAAGAUCCAUUUUCAUGCAGCUAAUUGAACAGGAGGGGCUCCAGUACCACAGAUGCAACUUUUCAACCAGUUCAAUUCACUCAUAUUAUAAGGAUUUUGGACCCGACAACACUCCAGUAAUCGUACUAAAGACGUACGUUCCUGAACGAACUUGUUGCAUCCCCAGCCAAGCUGUUCCAGUACAGCUGUAACACUGGUAUCCACCUAAACCAUGUAGAAAAUUGCCGAGGUAUAUCUUAUACUCAAAAAGUAGAACCAAAUUACCACUCGAUCCAUCUAUUCUUGGUUAUCAGCAAAGUGAUAGAAGGAGCUAUCAAUUGUGCUUCCGAGGUGAGCAUUCUUGUGGUUGUUGGAGGUCAGUCAUCUUAGCUCUUGGACAUCAUUAUAGAAAUUCUUCAAGGUAGUGUUGUAGACAAAGCCAUCUUCAGCUACUUCAUUGCUGACCUUUCCUUCAUUAUAAUGUCCAGAGUGCGGCUGUUCAUCAUUGAUUGCACAAUUAGCACCAAUCUUGACGAUUCGGAUACUAAAGAAGCGUCUAUCCAUUUGCAAAAACAUCUGGACAGCAUUUUGGUUCAGGCUGGUAAUGAGCAAUUUGCAUUCAUGAUAGACAAUGCUGAAUUCCAACAGGAGAGAAUCACACUAUCUGCCCUUGACAUUCAGUGGCAUUACAUUGCUGAAUCCCCCACUAUCAACAUCCUGGAGUUUGUUGUUGACCAGAAACUGAACUGGAAUAGCUAUAUAAAUACUGUUGCAGCAAGACUAGGUCAGAGGCUGGAAUUCUACAGUGAGUAAUUCCUCUCCUGUCUCCCCAAAUCAUGUCCGUCAUCGGCAAAGCAUAAGUCAGAAGUUUGAUGUAAUACUCUCACCUGACCUAAAUAAGUGCAAACCCAACAGCACUCAAUAAUCUCAAGACUAUCCAGGUCGAACUAGUCUAUUUGAUUGUCACCAUGUCCACAUUCUCACAAUCCAACACCGGCGCAUACACUACAGUGACAUCGAAGAACAGGGUAGUAGAUAACGUGAAAUACCACCACCUACGUUUCCCCUCCAAGCUGCAACCCUCUUGACUUUGAACCACAUUGCUGUUCCUUCACCAUUAUUAGGUCAAAGUCCUGGAAAUCCCUUCUUAUUAGCACUUUGGGCAUUCCAAAGACCACAUGGACUACAGUGGUUCAAGAAGACAGCUCACCACCACCAUCUCAUGAGCAAUAAAUGCUGGUCUAGUUGCUGAUGCCCAUAUCCUGUGAAAGAAUGGAGUAACUGAAAUGUUACAUAGUAUAGAACGUUUUCCUGAGAUCUGUGAUUUGGAUUUUAUUAUAAUUAAAUUUUGAAGAUUUAUAGAUUUCUUAAAAUUAAAUUCCACAGACUGAACAUAAUAAUGGAAAGAUUAAAUUCAAUAAUAUUUUACACUCAUAAGAAUAACUGACAUAUUUUGUUCAUUCUUUGAGUUUAGUCAUUUCUGUGCCAAUUGACUUUAUUGUAUUCAUAAUGUAGAUCUGACUAACUGUGAGACAAGCUGAGAUCUUCCAUCAGUUUCACCUCUUGCUCACUUCUUUGAUCCCAAGUCUUUCUUGCUGUGUGAGGUUUCCCUCCAUCUAAAUCCUCCUUUAGCCUCUAAUCCUUUCUAGAUUUAUUGAGAACUAAUCCCCUCACUCACUCUCACUUGUCUUAUUUUUUAACUUUAGUUAAUCUGUUCUUAGAAGUCCAAUGUCAAUAUUGUCAUCAGAUUUUCUGAAUAAAAGCCCAAAUGCCAAACAGCCCAUUUCUAUCUGUGGUGAUGCUGUCCCUUUAAAAAGGUUAUUUUGUCCUAGGUUUUUUUUGAAGAGAGAUUUUAAAGGCAGAGGUUCCAAACUCACAACUAGGGACGGCCUAAGUAAACAACAUAGGAGGCCUUUAGGUUUUUUUUUGAAAAGGUGGAACAAUGAAAGCAGCUUGAGAGGAGGUCGCCAGUUCUCACAGACCAGGCUUCCUUUUUUUUUAAACAGUCAGAAACUGUUUAGGAUCCUAGAAGAGGUGCAAGCUUCAGUGAGUAAUCCCUAGCUGCUGCUUUCUCUGAAAUCUGUCUUGAUGCUGUUUCCUUCUGGAUUGGAGAACUGCUUGUAAAAAUCUCUAUCAAUUUUUACCUUUUUUGCCAAGGGGUAUGUUUCUGGGAUGUUACUAUACUGGAACAGUUAAUUAGUGAUAGAUGCUGUAUGUAUUAUUCGGUUUAAGUUUUCCAAUAAGUUAAGUUAUUCAAAAUUCCCAUUUCUUUUGUUUGUGUUUUAACUGUAGAGUUUGAAUGAAUUGUGUUUUGUUUAAUGUCAUGUAGUUUGACCAGUCACAUCGCAACUGGAACAUGAUUUCAUGUACUUUUAAAAUAAGUAAAAGUUAAAGUUUGGGCUAACUUAUUAAAAUAUUUUGAGGGGGCCUGGUCUGGUUCAUAGCAUACCUUCUUCAUAAAAUCCAAAAUCAGGAAUUCCAAAUUAGACCUUUCAUUUCAGCCUGUUAAAGACCCACUGAACAGAUUUUCUUCUACUUCAACUGUCCUCUCACCUUGUUCAUACUGUUCCAUGAUUCUUCUGUCGCUUUCUGGUUUCUUGACCUGAACUGUUGGGCGGCAUGGCUCAGUGAUUAGCUCUGCUGCCUCACAGUGCCAGGUGAAUCAGUGAUGUACACUCUUAUCAAAUUUAGUAUCUUGUAUUCCCUGCUUAGUACGUGAUCUACUCCACAUUGCAAUAAUUGAACCCAGAUUGGGUGACUAUCUUGUAAAUAACAACAUGUUCAGUCUCCAAACAUUUCCAAUUGGCUGUCAUUUAAAUUUCCCAUCUUGUUUUCAUGCUGACUUCACUGUUCAUGACCUGCUGUGGAUAAAAUAAAGCUUAAGGUAAGUUGAAGAAACAAAACCUCAGCUUUCCAGUAAAUAUUUUACAACUCCACAAACUCAGCAUUGAGUUCAACAAAUUCAGGACAGAAGCUGUUUUUUUUCUUUUGCUUAUCACACUUUGGCUUUAUUCUUGUUUGUCUCUGUGUUUGCUUUCAGAAGCAGCCUGUCAUUGCUUUGCCAUUCAUAAUGCUCAUUGACACAUUUUUUUCCUUGUUCCAAUCCCAUUCUCUUUGGCCUUGCAUCACAAAUUUAUUAUUAUGAUUUAAUAUUUCUUGAUUCCAGUGGCAGUCAUUUAUGCCUGCUACCCCAGCAUUGGGCCAUGGAGGCUCUUGCCCCAUAGAUCCCGUCCCUGGCCUGCAGCAGAAAGGCCACCUCCCUUGAGUCAGCAGCUUCCUGUGGGAUGCUGGACCAGUCCACCAGCAGAAAAAUUCCAACUAGGCCUUAAAAGUACCUCAUUAUGAUUGUGCUUCCAAUAGCUUCACAAUAUUAUGUCAUUCACAAGAUCCUGAACCCAAUACAUGUAUAUCACCUGUCAUCAAAACAAGUCAGGCUGGAUGGGCCAGGUAUUGCAGCAUCUUGAAUGGCAGCAACCUGAACUGUAUCUACUCCUGCCACAAUCCAGCUGCUGGGCAUUGCUUCCCUACAUCUAUAGAUCCGCCAGUGAGCAAGCCUCUGAGCAGCAAUAUUUUUGUGCCAUACUGCUUACUGCUCAAGAAUUGUCGCUCAGUUUCAGUUCUCUGCAGUAAUUAUGGGCUUCUCUGUAGCUAAGAUUAAGAACACUUUUCUAGCUGCCGCAUCCACCUCCCUUCGUUCUCCUAUCAUCCCCCUAAGAUUUGUCCUACCCAGGCCAUGAAGUCUGUUAGAGGAGUAUAAUGUCAUUUGUCUAAAGUGGACUGAAUAAAUUGGUUAAGAGAAAGUGAGCUCUGUAGAUGCUGGAGAUCAGAGUCGCAGAGUGUGGUGCUGGAAAAACGCAGCCAGUCAGGCAGCAUCUGAUGAGCAGGCCUGAUUGGCUUUGCUUUUCCAGCACCACAUUUCUUGGAUAAAUUGGUUACAAAAUAAGUCAGUGGAAAGUUGUCAGGUAUUUAAGGAACUAAUACUUCACUCUCAACAAAGAUACAUUUCAAUGAGAAUGAAAGACUCUACCAGAAAUGUGCACCAUUCCUACCGAACUAAGGAAGUGUGAUAUCACAUUGAAACAAAGGCAUUUGAAAAUUAGUGGUAGAACUAGGGAAGUUUUAGCAAGAUAUGACUGAAAAAUUGGAGAAUACAAGAAAUGCAAAAACUAUCCAUGGAGUAGAUGAAAAUCAGGCAACAGGAAGAGAGAAACACCGAACAAAUGCUGUUGCUAAGUAGUAGGAGAAAUAAUAUGACUAUAAACUGACAAGUUCCCUGGUGCUGAUGGUCUGCAUAUGAAGGUCUUAAAAGAUGUUGCUCCAAAGAUAGUGGCGACACUAGUUGUUUACAUCCAGAAUGGAAAUGUAAAAUAUCAUCAAGGAAGAAGGCAGAAAGAUAAUAGAUAACUAUAAUUUCUAUCUUUGGGAAAAUGUUAGAAUACUAAUACAUUGUUGAUGGUGAUAUUAGCAUGGAUGGAGGAAUGGCUAAGUAACAGUGUGUUAGGAUAAAUGGUCAUUUUCCGAAUGGCAGACUGUAAUCAAUGGAAUACCACAGGAUCAGGCCUGGGGAGUCAGCUAUUUAUGAUUUAUAUACAUGUCUUGAAUGAAAAGAUGAACUAUGUUAUAGCAAAGUUGCUAACAAAACAAAGGAAGGUAGGAAAGCAAGUUUGGAGGAUACAAAGCAUUUGCAAUGAGAUAUAGUAAAAAAUGAGGUCUGCAGGUGCUGGAGAUCACAGCUGCAAAUGUGUUGCUGGUCAAAGCACAGCAGGCCAGGCAGCAUCUCAGGAAUAGAGAAUUCGACGUUUCGAGCAUAAGCCCUUCAUCAGGAAUAAGAGAGAGAGAGAGCCAAGCAGGCUAAGA